CUCGCCGGCAGCAACUCGUCGAAUCAGUGUAAUUUGGAUUUUACGAAUAUUCUUCAACAAGAAGCUACCGAACAGGAAUGGGAGUUCACGGUCUUUGGGACCUACUGGCUCCCGUUGGCCGCCGCGUUUCCGUCGAAACCCUUGCCGGAAAAAGACUCGCCAUUGACGCGAGCAUAUGGAUGGUCCAGUUCAUGAAGGCUAUGAGAGACGAGAAGGGAGAGAUGGUGCGGAACGCACAUUUGAUAGGCUUUUUUCGCCGAAUUUGUAAAUUAUUGUUUCUGAAGACAAAACCAGUUUUUGUCUUCGAUGGAGGAACACCGGCGCUCAAGCGCCGCACAGUCAUUGCUCGCCGGAGGCAACGUGAGAACGCCCAGGCUAAAAUCCGUAAAACUGCUGAGAAAUUGCUGAUUAAUCAUCUCAAGACAAUGAGGUUGAAAGAAUUGGCAAAAGAUCUUGAGGAUCAAAGAAAGAAGCAGAAUAAUGCAUCUAAGGGCGAGAAGAUUUUGUCCGACCAAAUAGCUGUCACUUGGAGAAGUCUGGGAAAAAAUGAUGCGGCUUUGGCUUCUAGCAACAAGGGAAAUCGAGAUGCAAUGCUGGCAGCAUCAGCUACUGCAAAUCUCUUUCAGGAAGAUGGUGAUGAAGACGAAGAGAUGAUGAUGCCAAUAAUGGAUGGGAAUGUUGAUCCAGCUGUUAUAGCAGCUUUGCCACCAUCAAUGCGUCUACUUGUUCAGAAGCAGGAGCAUGAUGUUAAGGGCAAGAAGAUUUUAUAUGAUGACGACCUAGAUCAAACAGAUUUGGUGGGAAGUAAUGAGGAAAGAAGUCAUGUUGCAUCGAAGAGUAAUGAUUGUGAAAAGCUUGAUGAGAUGUUGGCAGCAUCUAUUGCGGCAGAGGAACAUGGGAGUUUAACUGACAAUGCAUCAAUAACUGCUGCUUCAAUUCCUUUUGAGGAAGAGGAUGGUGAUGAAGAUGAAGAGAUGAUAUUGCCAGCUAUGCAUGGGAAUGUUGAUCCAGCUGUUUUAGCUGCUCUUCCUCCAUCAAUGCAACUGGAUCUUCUUGUUCAGAUGAGAGAGCGGUUGAUGGCGGAAAACAGACAGAAGUAUCAAAAAGUCAAGAAGGCACCCGAAAAAUUCUCUGAGCUACAAAUACGGGCUUAUCUUAAAACUGUUGCUUUCCGGCGGGAGAUAGAUGAAGUGCAGAAAGCUGCUGCUGGAAGAGGGGUAGGUGGCAUCCAGACUUCAAGAAUAGCCUCUGAAGCUAACAGAGAAUUUAUUUUUUCAUCAUCAUUUACUGGGGACAAACAAGUGCUUGCAUCUGCUAAAGUAGGGAGUACUGCAGAUAAGCAACAACAGAAGCCAUCAAGGCGUCCUUCUUCAGCGUCCAGGGACAAUGCAUCAUCCUGCAGUGAAUCCAAUGCUGUAACAGGAUUGGCCCCAGAGGAAAGAGGAGCAGUUUUUGAUGAUAUAGAGACAUAUCUGGAUGAAAGAGGGCGUGUUCGUGUUAGUAAGGUCAGAGCUAUGGGGAUUCGUAUGACUCGUGAUUUACAAAGGAAUUUGGAUCUGAUGAGAGAGAUUGAGCAAGAGAGAGUAAAUACAAACAAUACAAUAGAUGUGGAGUCAAAUUCAUUGCUCAGAAUAAAUGAAAUAGGUUCCUCAAAUAAUUUUUCUGGGAAAAAUGAGUUUGUUGAAACUUCACCUGACGAUAAUAGUGGAUUUGUAAACAAAGAGAGAAACAAGCAGUCAAUGUUUAAAAAUGAAAAAGUUAUACAGAUAUCAUUUGAAGACAAUGGUGAGAACAAUCGUGUUGAUGAUGAUGAUGUUUUUGCUCGUUUAGCUGCAGGAAGUCCUGUAGAAGUUGUUUCUACUGACAAUACUCCUUCAAAGGAACAGUCUUUUAAUUCAAUUUCAGAUAGCGACUGGGAAGAAGGGAAUGUUGAAGAAAAAGUUAAUAGUCUUUCUAAUGAUGUUAAUGCAGAAAUUAACCCUGCUCCUUAUCGUAAGGAGGGCAAUAUCAAUGAUGAAAGUGAAGUGGAAUGGGAAGGAGGACCUAGUGGUGCUCCCAAAAGUUCCUCUGCCUGUUUUACGGAAUCAGGAAAAACAGUUCCUAGAGGUCAUUUGGAAGAAGAGGCUAAUUUGCAGGAGGCAAUAAGAAGAAGUCUCUUGGAUUUAUGUAGUGAGAAAUCUGAUUAUGUCUUAUCUGAUGAUGAAAAUUGUAAAAGAUCUGGAGAAAAUGCUUGUGAUGAUGUUGGAUUUCUUGAUGAAAAGAAUAAUACGAGUGGGUCAAAUCUGUUGGGGGAGAAUGCUACUCGACAAGAUGAACCAGUUUGUGAAAUUCGCGAUGGAGAAAAUCUGGGUACUGCAGGGGGAGUAAGUGACUCACAAGUUACUAAUGCUUUAGAGAGUCAGUUGAAGUCUGUAGUACAUAACCCUAAUAACAAGGAGACACUAAGUAAAUCAUGUGAAAAGUACCCCAGUUCCCUUCCUGAACAAUCAAGGCAAGAUGCAAGUGAAGGGAGGUCUUUGUAUGGAGAUGUGGCACGUGCAGAAUCAGUUGCUACUUUCGGAAUGAAGGAGCAACACUUUGUUCAAGGGCAAUGCUUUGAUGCUUCUAAUAAGGGUGGUGAGCUAGCUACCUUUACGAAAAGGUGUUCUGAAGAUAAUUCUCAUGGUGCUGAUUUAGUAUUUAGUGACAUGUCUGGUUCCAUUUUGGUUGACGACAAGAAAAAUAAUUCUGAAGUUGGGUGCUCUGCUGUCCUUGAUAGUUACAUGUCUGAUGCCAUUUUGGUUGGUGACAAGAAAAAUACUUCUGAGGUUGAGUGCUCUGCUCUCCUUGAUGAUAAGGAAAGUGAACUUGUCGCUGAAUCCUCAAUUAUGAUCAGUGGUAAGAAAAAUGAUUGUGAAGCUGAGCCACUGCAUCAAACAAUUGUGUCUAGUGAUCCGUACAGCUCCAUGGUGGAUUCAUCUCUGAAUGAAUCAAUGUACAAAAAUAAUACUCAGCAAAAUUUGGCUGCAGAAAGAACCCAUGAUUGUGAAUUCAGUGGUAGAGAGCACAAUAUAGAGAAAUCUGAACUUAAGGAAAAUGAUAACAUGCAGGUGGAGUUCACAGAGGCUAAUUUGGAAGAGGAAAUGCUAAUCUUAGAUCAAGAAUGUAUGAAUCUAGAAGAUGAGCAAAGGAAGCUAGAACGCAAUGCUGAAUCUGUUAGCAGUGAGAUGUUUGCCGAAUGCCAGGAACUGCUGCAAAUGUUUGGCCUACCCUAUAUUAUUGCCCCAAUGGAAGCAGAAGCUCAAUGUGCUUUUAUGGAGAUUGUGAAUCUUGUUGAUGGUGUUGUGACUGAUGAUUCUGAUGUGUUCUUGUUUGGAGCUCAAAGUGUUUACAAGAAUAUAUUUGAUGAUCGCAAAUAUGUGGAGACAUACUUCAUGCAGGACAUUGAAAAAGAGCUUGGUCUGACCAGGGAAAAACUUAUUCGCAUGGCACUGCUUCUUGGGAGUGAUUAUACUGAAGGGAUUAGCGGGAUUGGUAUUGUCAAUGCCAUUGAGGUUGUAAAUGCAUUCCCUGAGGAAGAUGGUCUUCACCAAUUCCGGGAGUGGAUUGAAUCACCAGAUCCGACCAUCCUUGGGAAGUUUGAUGUUCAAACUGUAUCAAAUGCAAGGAAAAGAGCAUCAAAAGUUGGUGACAAUAGUAUGAGUCAGAUAAAAUGCAGCAGGGAAGGACUCUCUGUAGGUGGCCAAAAUGUUCUUCAAGCUGAUGAGAACAAGUGGUCUGCAGAUCACAGCCAAGACAUAAAGAAGAUUUUCAUGGAUAAUCAUAGAAAUGUGAGCAAGAACUGGCAUAUACCUUCCUCCUUCCCAAGUGAAGUUGUUAUUUCAGCAUAUACUUGUCCCCAAGUGGAUAAAUCAACUGAGCCUUUCUCAUGGGGAAAGCCAGACCUUUUUGUUCUGCGCAAAUUUUGCUGGGAUAAGUUUGCAUGGGGAAGUCAGAAGUCAGACGAGCUGCUCCUUCCUGUUUUGAAGGAGUAUGAGAAACGAGAGACUCAACUGAGACUAGAAGCAUUUUACACUUUUAAUGAAAGAUUUGCAAAAAUUCGUAGCAAGAGAAUUAAGAAAGCUGUUAAAGCAAUAACUGGAAACCAAUCCUUGGAGUUGAUGGGUGAGGCUGGGCAGGAAGUUCCUAAAAGUAGAAAGAAGAAGAGAGCAGAUCAUCUUGAAAAUGGAAAUAGUAUAUCAGCGAAAGAUUCAGAGGAAAGUGUUGCUGGAGCCAAAAACAAUAGGGAAAAGUCAACUCCUAAGCAGUUAAGGAAAAGGAGGGUUACUGAAAAGAUUGUUUCAUCCGAAAGGGAAAAUCCAGAGUCAUUAAUAUGUGCUGAUGGUGGGCGAAAUACCAAUGAAAUAUCACAUGGGAUUGGAAGAGGUAGAGGGAGGAGAAGAAAAAGGCUUUGUGCUGACUUAACUGAAACCAGCUCUAGUGAUGGCGUUGGUGGAAAUGAGAAGCUAGAAGGGCCACAAGAACUGCGAAGGUCAAGUCGUUCACGGAAGUCUGUAAAUUACUGUAUGAAUGACCAAGAAAUUGAUGAUGGGAGCAAGAUAUGGAGUAAUAAAGAAUGCUCAAAUGAAGAGGCGGGAGAACAACAAUUAUUUGAAGUUCAUGGCCUAGCUGGAGAUGCUUCAGCUGACCCCUUUAGAAAGGAACAACAUAAAGCAGGUGAUCCUUUGCUUGAGGAGGGAUCUUCUGGGGACUACCUUGAAAGAGGAGGUGGAUUUUGCGUUGAUGAAGGUGAAAUUGGUGAGCCAAAUGUGAGCCAGAAUGAGGAUCCUUUUUGUGAGGCAGAAUUCUCCAAAGAUCACCUGAUAAUGGGCGGUGGGUUUUGCUUAGAUGAAAGUGAAAGUUGAAGACCAAGAUUCCGCUGAGCACCUAAGCUAUCAUUUGCAUGCUUCCCUUUGUUUUAGUUUUGUAUAAAAAAACAUACUGCAAUUAUGCUUUAGGCGUUUCGACUUGUGGCCCCAGAGAAGAACUAGGGAUGGACACCCUGAAAUGGAUUGGAGGGUAGACAUUUGAUACUGAACUACUGAGGAUUUCUCUAAGGUGUUGUCCCUCUGCUGGUAAAUAUUAAGAAUGAUACUGAAUAUCCGCCGUAGGAUAACCCAACUUUCUUGAGGAGGAAUUGAAGUUGAUAAAUGUUCAAUAUUUGGCAAUCCUUUUGAAGUCUUGUAAAUGAUUAUCCAACUUUGGGUCUCUGAAUUUUGACGAUUGAUGAUAUUUAUGAUAAUUAUACAGUACCGGCAUAUUUCACUUUCGAAUUUCAGGAGGAAAGUGUAAAACUGUAAAUUCAAUUUAGGGUAAAUAAUAAACUCGU